AUGAGUAUAUUAAGUGUUGGAGAAAACAAAAAGGUUCUUGAAUGUGAAUUUCAUGGAAAACCAAUUGUCUUAAAAUGCACAGACUUAUCAAAGAAACCUAAUUGUCUGGAUGAAUUGCUGAAUAAAGUUGAAAUGUAUAGAGUUCUUGCUAAACUUCAGGGUGUAUAUAUUCCAGAACUGUUAUUUUAUGGGGAUUUGGCAAAUGGAAUGAGCUUUAUUAUGGGGUUGAGUAUUGUUGGCACCACACUGUAUCAUCAUAAGAUAGAUAAAAGGCAAAAGAAGAGGGCUCUCAGAGUAUUAGAUAAAAUUCAUGAUUAUAAGAUUCUUCACAAUGAUAUUCGUGAGGAAAAUAUUCUUGUUGACGAAAAAGGAUAUGUGUAUUUGACCGAUUUUGGAAUGUCAAUUCGAAAUGAUGAUAAAGA